AUCGAAUCUAGCCUUCAGCCGGUUGUUGAAUAUCGACAAAUUUCACGUAAACAGUGGAACAGUAGCUGAGUAUUAUAAUAGAAUUUAAUACUUUUUUGUAAAGCAGAACUUUUGACAGUUUUUAAGAUUGUAAUAAUAAUAAAAAAACACAAUUUGUCGAAAGAAGGAUAAACAAGUGCUACGACAUGGGCUGAAUCCCGUGUCGAACACCACGCGUAUACGUGCGAUAUUUAUUCCAAUUAAUGUGAUGUCAAAAAAAUCAUGUUAUCACAGGAAUAUCUUAUAGAGGUACUAGCGCGAUAAUUCAUCAUCAUGCAAAUAAUGCUACUGUACAUUUUUCCUGGAAUCGUGGCCAACUUUGCUGUACUGCUGUAUUGGCCUGACUUAGCAUGGUACUCUUUUUACGGAUUUUUCACACUUUCCUGUUGUUUGUUUGGAACAUUUGCCGUCAUUCAAGUGCACAUUGCUCUGUCGCCAAAGCAUCAUACUGGGUUAGGUACUGUGAAAACUGUUGCAGAUAUGGAUGCCUUCAGGCACAUGAUUAUGAAAGGAUAUGAACCCAAGUUAUCAGCAGUGCGAAAACCAGCUCGAUAUCCGCUGGUCUUUACUAGAAUGGUAGAUGGAGCGUUACAGAAUCUUCUUGAUUUAGCCUUUAAAGAUUUUGUUGGAUCUUGGCUGGCAGAACUGGCUUUUGGCUCUGAACAAAUAGUUGAUAACAUGAAGCAAGACGUUUGGGGUGCUAUACAAAGUCUACAUGAUAGAUUGGCUCGUGUAGAUCAUACGAAGCUUGUGGCAUGCGAUUUGGUCAACAAAGUUACCUUUCAUUUUGAAAAGAUCAGAAUUGCCCAAGCUGCAGCAAUGGAGGGUGAAGAUCCAGUGUUCAUUCUGUCGGCACACCUCAUGUCACCGUUAGACGAAUUAGAGUACUUGAGAUUAGUUAGCGAGAUAUGUAUCAUGUUUUUUUUACCUCGAAGCUACUCUUUGUCUCCAGCUAAAUUUCUUCUCAGAGAAGUUAUCACUUGCAAAAUAUUAAAGCCAGCGAUAGAUCUAAUAACAGAUCCAGACUACAUAAAUCAGAAGAUUCUGCUUUACAUUGAACAACAACAGCUUACGGAAGCGAUGCAUAAAAAGACUUACGAGUAUGCAGAAUCGUUUGAAGACUUUAUCCAAAUGAUUAAGAACUCCAAGGAUUUGGAAGUUCUAAAACAUAUCAGAUAUAACAUAGUCACUGAAAUUAUGCAGGCUACAACUAUACAAAAUGUUAAAAGAGCUCAGGGACUAGAUCCUGAAAGCAAUAAUCUUGGUAAAUCAGAUGUUGUUCAGGCGAGAAAGUUGAAACGAUAUAUCAGUCAGUUAACGUAUGCCAAAAACAUUUGCGAAUGUCAUAUGCAAGCUCUAGGCUGGAAUGACUAUCCUGUACAGGAAAGUGACAUAUCUGAUCCAGCUGCAGUUGCGGAUGGUCGAAUAGUACCUUUACAGGUAAUCCUAGACAAUGUCACUGGACGCCGUUAUCUGUCUCAGUUUUUAGAGCAAGUCGCUAGCCAAGGAUUGAUCGGUUACUGGGCAGCAGUACAAGAAUUGCGUGCUGCUGAAAGAUCAAGUUGGCACCAAUUGGGAGCAGAAAUAUUUUAUACAUAUAUUAGGUCCCCGACUGCUGAAAUUAAAGUCGACAAGAAUCUGCGGAAGAGAAUGGAAAGUUUUUUACUGGGAGAUAAAGGACCUGAGGUAUUUUAUGAAGUUCAGGAGAAUGUUGUUAGAACUUUGGAAGAAAAGUAUUAUUCGUCAUUUCUCGUCAGUGAACAUUAUAAAAAAAUGCAGGAGGCAUUGAUCAACGAAAGAGCAGAUGAAGACUGUCUAUUGGAAGAAUGUCAGUUGGCGGAUGGAACUAUAUCUGAAACUUCUUCAUUACUGGUUGGUGAACAUUCAAAUUAUGCUCGUAGUAAACUUGAUCAGCUCCAAGAAAAGCUAAGCAAUAAAAUGCAAGCGUUACAAGCACUUAGAUCAUCGCUAAAACCAGAGAGUAGAGUUUUGAGUAUUUUGGAGAAGGAAGUCGAGUGGCUGCAGGGGGAAAGAAGGCAGCUCGAAGCUCAUUUAACUCAUACUGAAAUGUGGGCGGAACAUUUGGGGCACUGGACAGCAGAUGUUCAAAGUGCUGAGAUCCCAGAAAAUGGAGAACCGCCACAAUUUGUACUCGUGGUGCACAUGGCUGAGGAUGAAAAUAACGAAGAGAGUAUAUCAACGGGUUGGGUUGUGCUCAGAAGAUUGCCUGAAUUCCAAGAACUCCACAGAAAAUUACGUCAGUUAUGUUCAAACGUGAAGAAUCUUGAACUUCCCUCUCAGCCGCUGAAAUUCUUUGGAAAAUCUGACAGAAACAGUUUGGACAAAGCAAAGAUACAGAUUCAAAAAUAUCUAAAUUAUGUUUUGGAAGAUGAUCGUCUGAACCAAAGUGAAGCUCUGUAUGCAUUUUUAAGUCCGAGCUCUGAACAUUUGAAACACACAGCUCCAUCACCUAAAAAAUCUCGCUUUUCUCUAUCGACUCUGUUUAAAACUGGUUCAGGAGGCAGCGGCGAUUCCAGAGACAAGGACGAAGAAGAAGAUUACUCGUUAUUGUUGGAUGAUGGAGAAGGAGGUCGUAUGGGUAAUUCCGAUGGCAUGGGAUCUGGUAAAGAUGCGAUUGCUGAACCCCUUUACAACCUGCUUGGAGAAGUCUUUGAUCUUAGAGGCGUAUUUCGAUGGCUAAGGAGAUCUUUGAUUACAUUUGUUCAAAUUACUUAUGGUCGAACGAUAAACCGGCAAGUUAGAGAAACUGUAGGAUGGGUAUUUUCUGAGCCAAUGUUACAUUAUUAUAUACAAUUGUUUACAAAAUCGUGGUGGCCAAACGGCCAGAUGUGCGUGGAAAACAACGUUCGUUCUGAUGAGGAGAAAUUGAAAACUAGAGGAGAGGCUCGCAGACAAUUCUUGAAUAAUGUACCUGAAGUUCUGACCAAUUUGGUCGGCGCUCAAAGUGCCCAACGUGGAGCCACAAAAGUAUUUGAUUCGCUACAAAAUGUUUACCUGAACAAGCAGUUGUUUUAUGAUAUCUUCGAAGUCCUCAUGUACGAAGUAUUUCCAGAGCUACAUCCAAAAUAGAGGUGUGAUAUUAACGUGACUUUUUACUAUCGAUUAUUUGAUUUAAUCACCUUUCAACCAAACUACUGAAACGUGAAAUCUGUACAAAAACUGUUUCCCACAAAGAAGAAAUGGAGUGAAGAAAGUUUGGAGCAAAGAUCUAUUUCCAGAGUGGUAUUUUUUCAUAAUAUUGCUACAUUGUGAUAAUAAUUUGAACAAUGAUUUUAUUCGAUUUCAUCUCUACUGCCAAAUUCAACUUCGUUAUUGACGAAUGAAAUCGAUGAUUUAACAUUAAUUUUAUACUCGGUUCCAUUCCAAAUGAUAGAAUUCUCAGUAUCAAAGAGACAAAGAAUCAUGCAUAUUGAGUGUUGAUUAUGAAUGUGUGUGAAUCAUUUCAAACAUUAUCAAUAUUAUCAUGAAUGACUACUUAAGCGAGGCCAGUAUUGAAAUCCAAUAAGGAUUAAUUUUAACUUUCAAAUUUUAUAAGUCACAAACAUGAUGCAUAAUGUGAUUAAAUUUUCAGCAUGCCAGUAUGAUUGUAAAUAUUACACAUCGGAGAUAAAAAAAACAAAAUUAUUAUUAAUUAUUUAUUAUCUGUUAAAUCAUAUUAAUACUCUUAUAUUUUAUUCAGUCAGCCAAUGUGCUUGUUGUACUAACAAGAAAAUUGUUAAUAAUUAUCGUUUACAAUUUAUAAAAUUGAGGCUAUAGAUUUUAUUUGAAAUACUUUAAUUCAGUUGUUAUAAAAUAACAAGCAAGGGAAAGAAGGUAGAGAGUUGGCAGAAAAUGUAAUGCAUUAGCAUUUUGUUAUAUCUUUGAUUUUAUGUAAAUAUUGCAAUGUCAAAGAUACGUAAAAUGUUUAUUUUUCAACUUUUGAUUUCGAUUGAAAAACUCGUCUGAAUAACUAAAGUUUUAAUAUUUAAUUGAAGACUUACCAAAAAUCUUGUAUAGGUAUAUGUGAUUGUAUUAUUGCUAAUUCAGCGUAAUUACUUAAUUUGUAAUUUUUCAAUUUAUACACGUAUUUUAUACAGAUGUGAAUGAGGGACCCAGAUAGACAAAGUAAACUGAAAGAAAUGCACUAUUUUCGAAGUAUGUUAGUGAACCGCAUGUUUUCUGUGUCUUCAUCAAUAAUGAUGUAAUGACACAUCCAGACUCUUACCAUGUCUCCUAUAAAGUCAUUCUAUGAGGCAUUGUAGCAUCGACGUAAUCAUGCAAAAGUUAAUUUUUAACAAAUCAUUUGAUGCAUCCGCGUCUAAAACUUUACUAGUAAGAAAACUGCUUCUCACAUCCGGAAGCACUAUGUAUAAUCACUGGGGAAGAACUAUAUAUGUAUACUGCUUGAAUUGUGUCAACUGUAUCUGUCAGUCGAUCAGCAGCUGUACAAAUUUAAUGGUGUUUGUAAUGAAAUGUUUGAAUUGCCAU